GUAUUGACAUGACAUGACAGCGAUUUGAGAACCUUUGUUGAAGUUGAAAAUGAACAAAAAGGAAUAGAAAGAAUUCCAAUUUGCACUGAUUAUAGCUGAGAAAUCCAGAUUUUUCGUGUGAAUAUUAUUAUUUCAUUCAAUUGGUUACUGUUAAAUAUAGAUACCUACCCGCAAAAUGACUUCUGGUCCAUACAACUACUCUUACAUUUUCAAGUAUAUUAUUAUUGGAGACAUGGGAGUUGGAAAAUCAUGUCUGUUGCAUCAAUUUACUGAUAAAAAAUUUAUGGCCGAUUGUCCUCAUACAAUAGGGGUUGAAUUUGGGACUCGAAUUAUAGAAGUUGCUGGACAGAAAAUUAAACUUCAGAUUUGGGACACAGCUGGUCAAGAAAGAUUUAGAGCUGUGACACGAUCAUAUUAUAGAGGUGCAGCAGGGGCUCUCAUGGUUUACGAUAUAACAAGAAGGUCUACUUACAAUCAUUUGAGCAGUUGGUUAACAGACACACGAAAUUUGACCAAUCCAAGCACUGUGAUAUUUCUAAUUGGAAAUAAAUCAGAUUUAGAUGGACAAAGAGAUGUAACAUACGAAGAAGCCAAACAAUUUGCUGAUGAGAAUGGAUUGAUGUUUGUUGAAGCCAGUGCUAAAACGGGGCAGAAUGUGGAAGAAGCUUUCCUCGAAACGGCUAAGAAGAUAUAUCAAAGUAUUCAAGACGGGCGACUGGACCUGAACGCGGCGGAGUCGGGCGUGCAGCACAAGCCGGCGUCGCCGGGGCGCCCGCUCGCCGCGCCGCCCGCCGCCCGCGACCACUGCGCCUGCUAACCGCCGCACGCGCCUCUACCCGCCGGCACGGUACACAUCGGUCUUAGUAAAGAGAUAAUCGACUAGCCUCUUGUCAUCUCUCUCGCAAACGAGCUAUAACCUAAUAAUGACAGACUAUGAAUCCAAUACCAGCUAUUUAUUUAUAUCUGUUUCAAAGCUUUUAAAUCGAUGUGCACUGUUAUCCGUCGACUCUUGUUAGUUAAUACUAUCAUUAACCCUAUUUUAUUUUAAACAUUGUAUUUAUAUUUAUACUUAUUAUAGUGUACAUUCCAUGGAAGUAUCAACAAACGAAGAAUUUAAGGUCUAUUACCAACUUCACCCAAAUGCUUUUUCCGACGGGACUAGAUAGAAGAGAGAUUUACUUCCUCCCAAAUUAUUUUGAAAGAAUAUGAAUAUACAUAUGAUGACUUGAUAUGACUUUUCUAAUGCAUUCGUUUCUCAAAAUGUUUUGUUCAUUAUGUUGGAAAUAAAACUUAAAGCUGAUGAAAAAUACGGGGUCGACGAAAUGUACAAAUAUGGUAUUACUAAAGACCUAUAUGAAUAAGAAGUGGUGAGAUACGAUACUUUGGGUAGAUCCAUUAUUCAUCAAGGUACGACUCGGGUCAACCCGCACACUAUAUUAAUUAGCGAAAAUUAAAAAUUUAGUAUGUAGACAUUACAAAUUAAGCCACACUAGUAGUACGUGUGGACACUGCGCACGCAUGUAAUAUAUGAAAGCUUCCACUUAUUUUAAAAAGGCGGAACCGAUUAUAUAUAGAUACAAUAUUUGUGUUGGUGUUUUUGAUUAGCAGUAACCUAGAAAAAGUUUAAUUUGAUUGUUCCUUUUUUAUCAUAUUGUUGAGUCCAUGUAGAAGAACAAAUUAAUCGACUAAUAGAAGUAAUAAGAAAAAAUAUGGGCUUUAUGUUUAUUAUUGAUUCAUUAAGUGUCCGAAAUGUAAUAGUUCUUGUUACAAUCGUUUUGUAUUAUAAUUUAUGGAAACUAUUGUAAAUAAACUCUAGCUAAAAGGUAUACUUAAAUGCGGAAAUAAUGUCAUACACAAGGGAAAUUAUGAAACAAUCUACUUGUAUGGAAAUAGUAAAAAUAUAUAAAUCACAAUUAAUUUAGUCGUAUCAUCAUUUCAGAAGAACAAACGGCUUCUCAGAGCUGAGUCAUACCAAUAUCAAGUCUUUGUUUUAAUUUAUCAAUAAGUUUAAAAUUAGCACGCUCCAUUGGGAAUAUAUAUUUACUAAAUUUAUGGAAAAAAGUCAAACCGUAUUUUUAAACCAGCUAUGUUAGGUAAAUCUCCCUCUCUUGCCCUGAUGUUGAAAGCAUUUGGAGAUCGUUGGGAAUAGAAGGAUUUAGGAUAAUUAUGUAAUUAAUUUAAAUGUGCAAUGUUCAGGUACAUAUUUAUUGUAAGUAAAAUCACAAAUUAAAUA